AUGGAGGACAGUGAUGACAGUGAUGCAAAGCUCAGAGAAGAAAUAGAAGCUGAAUUGGAUAAAAUCAGCAUUUCUUCCUUGGAAAAUGAUGAGGUUGAAAAUGAUUCAGGAUCAGAAACUGAGAGUGACAAUAGUGAUACUGAUUUAGUUGAAUUGCCAGAGUCAGUUCUUCACUGUAUCAGCGUCAUAAAGAACAAGAGUAAAACUGCAGAAGAGCUCUUUCUUCAGGACUUAGAAGAUACUGAUGUCUUCAGUGAGUACACAAUAUAUGAUUUAGUUGAAUUGCCAGAGUCAGUUCUUCACUGUAUCAGCGUCAUAAAGAACAAGAGUAAAACUGCAGAAGAGCUCUUUCUUCAGGACUUAGAAGAUACUGAUGUCUUCAGCUGUAGCUAUGGCAGACUUUCUAACAGUCACAUGAAUUUGAGGACUGGAUCACCAGCUGAAUCAAAAGCAAAUUCUGAGCAGUUAAUGAAGAUAUUAUCUGUAAUAGAAAAGGAAGAAUUUAUGAGAAGUCUAACUCAUUCUGCCAUGUCUGAUUCUGCUCCUGAGCCUCUUGCUCUUGACACACCCAUGGAUGAAUAUAUUUUACCAGAUGAUGCCGAUUUGAGUUUUGGAUAUUUUGAAGUAGAAGAAAGAUGUAAAAAGUCUUUUGAAGCUUGGCAAGACAAACAGAAAGAACUGGAAGAAAAAGAUAAAGAAACUCUUGAAGCUCAGAGUGAUAUAGAAAAACAGAAAUUUCAAGAUGAUGAUGAAAAGAGACAUUGCUGGAUAAAACAGUUUGAAGUUGAAAAGGAAAAAUUAGAAACCCUCCAGAAGCAAGACCAGGACAAAAUGAAUGAUGAACUUCAUAAAGAAGAGAAAAUGUGGAAAGAAAAAUAUAGAGAGCAUGAGGAACUUAUUAGGAACUUGCAUUUACAAAUGGAAGAGGAAAGAGCAAGAUUAAGUGAGCUACAGGAAAAAGAAAAGGCACGCUUGCUAACACUGCAGCACAAUGCAGCUGUAAAAAUCCAAGCUAAAUACAGAGCGUCUGUAACUUACCAAAAAUACAGCCCAAUCAUAAGAGAACAAAUAGAAAAGAAGAGGAAAGAGCAGGAGUGGAAAGAGAAGGAAGCAAAGAUCAGACAAAUGGAGGAAGAGAGAAGACGAAGAAUUGAAGAGGAGCAGAAGAUUGAGGAGGGGAGAAAGAAGAAGAUGCUGGAGGAAAGGAGGAAGCGGGAAAGGGAAUACGAAGAGAAAAAGAGCAUCCUGAGACAAGAGCAAGAGGAGCAACGAAACAAGGAAAAGAUGAGACCCAGGGAAGAUGCCCGCCAACCGCUGAUCAUUACCUGCGCUUUAGAGAAAGGGGAAGGUCAUGCCAAGCGGCCAGCUGUCUCGAAUGUGUCAAAGAGUAAGGAUGCUAUAGCCGAAGAGUUAGUGAACACCAAUUCAAAGAAGCAAGAAGAUGUUUGCCCGGUUCAACAGUCAAGCAAGAAAGAAAAUGUCCGUAAACAGCUUACACUGAGAGAAUCAAUAGGAGUCAAAUUAAAACCAAGUCAGACCGUUUUGGCAGAAUUAAAAAUGAGUGAAAAAAAUGAAAACUUACCAAAAUUAAAAAUGAAUGAUAACUUACCAAAGAAACAAUGUUCAGAAAAAUCGGCUAACCAAGAAAUUAACUUUGAAAAUAUAGACCAAAAAAAUGAACUGAAAAGCUCAGACUUAAAAGAAAAUGUCAAUACACAGUGCCAGGGGCAAGAACUAAAGUCUCAAACCCAAAAAGAGCAAAAAGUGGAGCAUGCCACAAAGGAGAAUAUGAGACAAGAAACCCAAAUAAUGUUUGGAUACAAACCAGAAAUGAAUGAAGAGGACGACAAUGGAGCACCGGAGAUCAUCAAAGAUAAUCAAGAGAGACCGGCUGAAAAGAUAGAAAAAAAAGACAUAACAGAGCAAGGUGGAUCAUUGUAUGAGAACUGUUCUUCAGCUGCCUCCAUGCAAAAAGACCUACUAUUGUCGCUAAUAUUAGAAAAUCCUGAACCUGUAGAAAGAAAUGUAGCGCUAGAAGACAAAGAGAUUGAUUUAAAAUCUAAAAGAAUGGAGGAAAUUCCUAAAGACAAUGUGCUGAUUUGUGACCCUGUGGUUAUUAACUCAGAUGUCUGGGUGCAUACAGGAGACAAGACAAGCCAGCAAGGUGCUGUCUCAGGCAAACAGGCUUCCAGUGAAGAGGCUGGCAGUCACAGUGUUAAUAGUCCCUUAGUCACUGAAGAAGGGGACUCUCCUAAAUCUGAGAUUAAAGACAUUCCACAACAAUGGAAGCAAACUAAGGCUGAAAGUGACAGUGUCCUGGCCUGCUGUGCUUCACAGAUAAGUGUUUCAUCUUCAGUUGAGGAGAAAAGACUAGCUUGGAUAAAGUCAUUUAAACCUUGGUCUGAAGUCUUUGAGCAAAAUCAACUCAAGAAAACCAUUAAAAAAAAGAGACUUAUGAAGUGUCCAGCAAAUACAAAGCCUCCUUUGGAUACAUCAGCCAUUCUCCAGCAUGGCCCUUGGAAUACUUUAGAGCAGGUCACAGCCAUUACAUUUCAGGAUUUGCCCGGCUGCAGCCUCUCUACACUGGCAGAGUGCACGAAUCUUCAGCUUCUGUCCCUCCAACGCUGUGGAUUAACUUCCUUGCACGGCCUGAACCACUGCAAAAACCUCAAGUAUAUCGAUGCACAGGAAAACCAAAUUGAGAGCGUCAACUGUGAAAAUUUGGAAAAUCUCUGUGUUGUUCUUCUUAAUAAAAACCUGCUGACUUCUAUUCAUGGUUUGGAUGGAUGCACUAAUAUUCAAAUUCUUGAAGUUUCACAUAACAAAAUCACUCGAAUCAGACCAAGGUACCUCUCCGCCCCUUCACCCCUGUUUCUAGGCUGGGCAAGGUAUCUCUCUGUACAGAAUAGUUUAACAACAAUUAUACCACUGUUUCAUUUUGUGUCUUUGAAAAAACUAGAUGUCAGCAAUAACUGUCUUUCUGAUCUUUCAAGUGUCAUGUGUUGGUUCAAUGCGUGCUACUCUCUCCAAGAGCUUUGUCUCACUGGAAACCCAGUACUUCAGGAAAUCAACUGGAGGUAUUCUAUACUUAAACUCCUACCUGCUCUGAGAAUGCUCAAUGGUGACAUGCUAAACUCUCACUCUGUUGCCCAUGUUGAAGAGCACUUUCAUCAAGACCUAGCAUGUUUCUUGGCCUUUUGUCAGUACCAACUUCAAGAGAUCAACUUAUUAGCAGAAAAGUAUACCACACAGAAGGGGGACAUUCUGACUUUGCAUGCUGCAGACAAACUGUGUCACUACUAUAGGAACUUAAUGAAACUCAGUAAUGAAUGCAGACGUGCACAUGAACUUGGGGAUGUUGCUAUCAUCAAGAGGGCUGAACCAGAAACCGAGAAAAACCAUCCAGCCCUUUCAAACCCCAAUAGCACACUGCAAAACAAAGUCUUCCAUUCCUGGACUGACAAAUAUGAAGCAGAUCCACCAAAUACUUCUGAUAACCUGAUGGACUCUGGCUACAGACCUCCCUCAUUAACCUGUGAAGAACCUGAAGGAAGAAAUCAGGAGAAAAACAUGACACACAGCAGGAUAAGUAGUCCCUCCACCAGAAGAGCCUCAUGCAUAGAAAUGAAGAUGGCAAAUUCUCCAAUGAGUAAUCCUCAAAGUACUGAACACAGUGAAAAAAAUAAGGCAGCUGUGUUAAUACAAUCCCAAUGGCGUAGUUACAUUGCAGGCAGACAGGUUGCUUUCGCUGCAAAAAUGAAUCCUACCACCGAAGAACCCCAGCAUAAUCCCUUCAACAAUAGCCGGACUACUUCAAAUAAAGAAAGAAGAAAAAAUAUUGUGAAUGACCAAGAACAGAGGGAGAAGGCUGCUCUUCAUAUCCAGGCAGUUUGGAAGGGCUUUAUUUUACGAAAGAAACUGGCGACGGCCCUGGAGGCUAUCAGGGAUGAAGAAUCUGGAGAGGAAUAUGAAGAAAUAGAUUUAGAGGAUUUUGAAUAUGAUGAGGAUGCCUUGGAGAAAGACUGGCCAGUUUUAGAUUCCACCGGCUUCCCUUCACAAACACUGCCUCUCUCCAACCAGCUGCCCUGGCCAAAGAACGCUCGGACUUUGAAACAUGAUGAAACUUCCCUUAGUGUGCCAACUCAUCCAGCUCAGGCAUGGCUAUGCAAUGAGAAAGAAAAUUUGUUUUCAUCCGAACACACACAGUUAAGUAGCAGAUCAGAAAACAGAACUUUGUCCUGGACAUCUGAAUCAAACACAAGUAGGAAGAGUUUACUGCAAUCUGAAAAAGAAGAAAAAAUUUCAGAAGAAUGGGGCUUUAAGGAUAUUUCUACAGCUCAGCAGAUGCUAAAGAGAGCACAGAAAAUGAAAUCAAAAAAAUUAAGGAAAAAAUUAGAACCCUCUGUUCGACUAGCAAUAUUCAGAAAACACAAAAGUGACAUUUCUGUUACUAAGUCAUCAAAGAGGACACAGCUCAAGAGAGAUGAUUACUUUGAAGUACACAUUUCUUCCCAAGAUGAGGAGGAAGACGCUGUCUGCAAGCCGAUCACUGUGAAUGAAAAGUUAGAAAAGACGAGUGAGUACACCUACCAGUGGCUUCAUACACAAGUUGUCUUUCCAGAAACAACUAGUUCCAGAGCCCUGAAAUGCAAUCACUUUUUGCCUGAGUUAGAUCCAGAUGUACUUAAUGGUGGAAGAGUUCAACUUGUGGCAAGACUUGUAAGCAGAGAAGACACGGAUUUAGACCUUUUUUCCAUGACCAGUGGAAGUGCUUUGUCUGUGAACAGAGAUAAAAAAAGCCAGGCACACAGAUUCUCAUCGGGAUCCUCAAGUAAGCUAUGGUUUCCUUCAGAAUUAAUUUAG